UCAGUUAUCAAUUCAUCCUUCGUCUUAGCUUGUUAAUAUCAUCUAAACAGCAUGAAGGUCUUAAUCAUCACCACUCUAAUUGUUGCCGUUGUUGCUGACCGAGCUCCCUAUUAUCAGUCGAGCUACUCUCCCUAUCCAGAAUACAAGCCGGAGUACAAGCCGGAGUACAAGCCGGAGUACAAGCCAGAGUACAAGCCGGAAUACAAGCCAGAGUACAAGCCGGAAUAUCCAACUCAAAGGCCGUACUACGCAGAACCAGCUUACAAACACACUUACCCAGAAUACAAGCCAGCUUAUACCGAGCACAAACCGGCUUACCACGAACCGACGUAUGCCCACUCGGCCCCAGCCUACAAACCCGCAUACAAGCCUGCGUAUCCGGAAUACAAACCGACUUACUCGUCUCCACCACAGUAUCCUUCCUACGCCCCCACAUAUCCAGUCAAAUAUUAAAAAAACAGCAACGUCACUCACAUUGCUCAUCAUGUAAAUUUAUCUGUGAUGAAUUUCAUCUUGCGUUUCAAUAAAUGUUUCGUCUAUAUCAA